CCGGGCCUGCCGACUGGCUGAGUGAGGGGGGAGGGGGGGAAACUUUAUCCCGCGGUACUCUUGGUCCCAGUCAUCGGCGUGUGGGAGGGGGGGGCGACGCUUUCUGUUGCACCUCUAAGAUGGAGCCCGAAAGCCUUCUGGAAGCUCUGGCAGAUUUCGAGAAGAAGUCCAAGAAGGAAGUGUCGUCGCUGCUGGACCAGUUCCUUUGUCUUGUCGCAAAGACGGGGGAAACUCUGAUUCCCUGGUCACAGUUUAAAUGCUACUUUGUAUUUAAAUUGGAAAAAGUCAUGGAUGACUUCAGAGCUUCUGCUCCUGAACCGAGAGCUCCACCUAAUCCGAAUGUGGAAUAUGUUCCUUAUGAAGAAAUGAAGGACCGAAUUCUUAAAAUUGUUAAUGGUUUCACGGGUAUUCCCUUCACAAUUCAGCGUCUAUGUGAGCUGCUUAUUGAUCCUAAGAAGAAUUACACUGGGACAGAUAAAUUUCUCAGAGGAAUUGAAAAGAACGUUAUGGUUGUCAGCUGUGUGUAUCCCUCAACAGAGAAAUACAACUUUAGCUCAAAUAGUUUGAAUCGUGUGAAUGGCAUCAUGCUGUCAGGAAGCCACACUGGUUACACAGACAGAUCUAAUAUCAAUGGUCCCGGUACACCAAGACCUCUGAGUCGAUCAAAGGUUUCAUUAUCAAGUCCUUUAACAACAAACGGUUUGCCGAACAGCUCUGACAGAGAAAUAAAUGUACAACAAACAGAGGACAAGUCUCAUAGUGAUUCACCUACAUCCCAUGAAGAGGACGUUCCAAGUACCUGUUCAAAAAAUAAACAUUUGGAAGACACAAUGGAAGCCGAGGCUCCUGAGGUAAAACGACUGAAAUUUGACGAGGAAAAUGAGGAAAAUGAACCUGUUCAUUCUGAGACUUCCUCAGAAAUGCCUGAAGAAAGUGAGAAUACUGAGAAGCAGGAAGAAGCCAAAGAUGAUCCAGCUAACGUAGAUAAAAAAGAAUCAAGUGCAAAAAUGAAAGCCUUGUUUGAAUCUGAUGAAGAGAAAGUUGAAGUUUCAUUUAAAAACAUCAAGACUUCGGAUGAAAAUCAAAUGGACCAAUCGGACCUAACCAAGACUUUAACUUCUGAAGAAAGUGAAAUCAGUGAUAAUACUGAUACUAUUAGAAACAGUGUGGACUGCAGUGCUGCAGAAAAACCAGAUACACCCCCCGAAACUCCAGAAAUGCCUUCUGAGAGCCCAAUGGAGAACAGUGCGGAUGUCACAGAAGAACCAAUGGAGCAGGACUAAGAGUAGAGAUAAUCUGUGCUGUAUUUUCCAUGAGGUGUUGCUUUUACACUGUAUAAAUUUUAUGUAAUAAAGUGGACCUUUGUUUUCCAGAAGAGGAGGAAUAGUCCUUCUCUGAUCCCUGGAAGAGCUGUAUUAGAUGAGAACUGUGAAACCAGCUCCUUUAGAUCUCAUCUACUGCUCCCAUCAUUUUUGUUUUGUUUGGUCAAAUCAGUGGGUUAUGCAUAGAUUUUUAUUUAGAGAAAGUUUUUAAACUGGAUAAAUUGUCACGAUGUUUUGCAGUUCAUUGAGCUAGGCCAUUUACUGUAAUUAUUCUUUGUCUAGUUUUUAAACUUCAAGAUUUAAUUUCUUGGUCAUUGUUUCAACUUUUAAUACAUUUACUUAAAACACUGCAGAAACCACAAGUUGCAACACAUUCCAGAGAAAAAACUCAAUUAUACAUCACUUCUAUUUACUUCUGAUCCUGCAUUGAUGGAAUUUAUUACUCAAAAGGGAGUAAGUGGUUUACAUAAAAGUGAAACAUCAAAUCUUCAAAAUCAGUUUUGGUUGCAGAAUAAAUGCUUUUUUUAAUUCACUGUUCAAGCAGAAAAAGGUGGGAAGUAGUUGCUCAAUUUAUGCUCAGUGGUUAAAACGUUGCGAACAUUUGACUAAGUCCCUUUCAGUUAAAAUACUUGUAGCAUGCGGACAGCAAUGUUACACUUAUACCACUGACUGUGUUGAAGAGCUGCGGCAAUUAACCUGUUAAUUUAGUAUUGUGCCAGAUCUUGUGUACUGGUAAUACAAUUUUAGGGGGUGCAUUGAACCACCAUGAUUUGUACAAAAUUUUGAAGUGAAAGAUAUUUUUGAACAUGCUACUACAUAUUGACAGCCAGUGGUUGUACAUCUUUGGAGAUGAGAACUCAAAGCACAAAUGAUAACCUGUACUUGUGUUGUUUUCUGAUUUCCAGCUUGUAUAUUCAAAAUCCUUCAACUAACUUCCACAAUUACUGGCUGUCAAGUUUGUACUUGUUUCUGGCAACUGUACUUUUUGAUAUUUAGAAUUUUUAAAUUUCUGUAAGUAGAUUUUGUAGAUUGUAAUUGUUCACUGCCUUUGUGACACGUUAUAUAAUUGUAUAAUUUGUGUGUAAACUGAAUGCUAUGGCUUUCAAUACAGUAUUCAUAUAAAGCAAUAAAUGUUAUAUCUGGACACAGUCUGGAGAUACACUCCAGUUCCCGUUGAUAAAAUUUGCACAGGUUUACCAGAGGCCAUAAUGACUGCACGUAACUGGCAAUCUGCAAGAUUGGCAGUCUUGUCUUUCCUGUGAAUGUAGUAUUUUGCACUUGUUAAAGUGAAUAUUCUAAAGAUAUAGUUUUGUGGGAUCUUAAAUUAACUUUCUUAUGAGAUAAUUAAUAAUCUUCAUCCCAAGCGGUAUGUAAAGUUUUACAGGAUGCAUCUGCGCUGUAACAUUGUUUCUCCUCAGUGCUGUGGUUGCAAAUAUGCAUCUUAAGUUGCUAAUUAAACAAUAGUUUCACAAGUU